AUGGUACUAUUGGAACACAAAAGCGUGGAUGCAAAGGCGCAAUACAAAAAAAUUCUAUGUUUAGAAAAAAUUGCGGCCUAUGAAAAAUUAAUUGAUCAAGAAGAGACAAUUAAACAUAGCUGGACACAGUCUGGUAUUCUUCCACCUUCUUUUUCAUCUGAAUUAUUACGCAGUCUAUCAACUUUUAAUGAAGAAGAAGAAUUAGAGCAUGAAUUAGAUCAACUAAUUCAAUGGCUGCCCAUUACGGAACCACUUUCUGCGCAUGAAUUUAUAUGUAUUGAUGAUAAUAUUGACCAUGAAGAGAUUGAUAUAAAGGAAAUUGUUGAUGUAGUACUUGGGAAAGGAUUGGAAAACGAACCUGAUGAUAAAGAUGAAAGCGAGGAAGAAAUUUCUAUUGGUGAAGCUUUAAAUAGUACUAAAAUUCUUAUUACAUUCAUCAAGCAGUCUGAAUGGGGAGUUAUGACUAAUCGUCGAUUGCUAUUAAAUGCUUCUGAUGCUUUUGGUCGUAUAAUGUACGCUUACAAGGAAAUCUCUGAGCUAGCUGGAUAUACUGCCCGUCUAUCUGAACUUCUUGACGUAUUUGAAGACGUAAAAGCCGGUCAUUUCCGUAAGCAGAUAGCCACCUCCGCAAGACAACCAGAAAUAUUAUCUAGCCGUGGCGAAGUUAUUGAAAGUGAGAACAUACAAUUUGACAAUGUCCCGAUUGUGUUGCCGAAUGGCGAGAUUCUAUUACGAAGUUUAAGUUUUUGUGUAAAACCUGGCAUGCAUUUGUUAAUUGUUGGCCCGAACGGGUGCGGGAAGAGUAGUCUUUUCAGAAUUUUAGGUGGGCUGUGGCCUGUUUAUGGUGGCACUGUACAUAAGCCAGGUUCGAAAGAUAUAUUCUAUAUUCCGCAACGACCAUAUUUGUCAUUGGGAACUUUACGUGAUCAAAUCAUUUAUCCACAUACAGUCCAAGAGAUGCAUGAACGAGGUUAUACAGACAAAAAGUUGCAAGAGAUUCUAGAAAUUGUACAGUUAAAUAGAAUUGCAAAACAGGAAGGUGUUUGGAAUAAAGAACGAGAAUGGAAAGAUAUUUUAGCUGGUGGUGAUAAACAAAAGAUAGCAAUGGCACGAUUAUUUUAUCAUAGUCCAAGAUACGCAAUAUUGGAUGAAUGUACGAAUGCUGUAAGCAUAGAUGUUGAAAAAAUAAUGUUCACAUAUGCAACAGAACUCAACAUUUCCUUAUUGACUGUAUCGCAUCGUCCAUCACUAUGGAAAUAUCACAACUUUAUUCUACAAUAUGACGGGCAAGGCAGCUACGUAUUCACAAAACUAGAUGCUGAGCGCAGAUUAGCUCUACAAGAAGAGAAACAAAUGCUCGAGCAAAAAUUGGUCGAGGCACCGAGAUUGCAAAAAAGGUUAGACGAACUGAAAUUGAUGUUAACCGAACGAGAUUCUUUGAGUUAUAGUGCGACUACUACGCCGUAUCAUCAAGAAGGAGAUAUAGUACCUUUUAGUCUCUCAUAG